UUCCUUGGCAUAGCAUUUCUUGGGAUUGGAUUGUGGGCAUGGAAUGAAAAGGGAGUGCUGUCCAAUAUCUCCUCCAUCACCGACCUGGGAGGCUUUGAUCCAGUUUGGCUCUUCCUGGUGGUAGGAGGAGUUAUGUUCAUUUUGGGAUUUGCAGGAUGCAUUGGAGCUUUGCGAGAAAACACUUUUCUUCUGAAAUUUUUUUCUGUAUUUCUUGGAAUUAUUUUCUUCUUGGAGCUUACUGCUGGUGUUCUAGCAUUUGUUUUCAAAGACUGGAUAAAGGACCAGCUGUAUUUCUUUAUAAACAACAACAUCAGGGCAUACCGAGAUGACAUUGAUUUGCAAAACCUCAUAGACUUCACACAGGAAUAUUGGCAGUGCUGUGGGGCUUUUGGAGCUGAUGACUGGAACCUUAAUAUUUACUUCAAUUGCACAGAUUCCAAUGCAAGCCGAGAGCGCUGUGGUGUGCCAUUCUCUUGCUGUACUAAAGACCCUGCUGAAGAUGUUAUUAAUACUCAGUGUGGCUAUGAUGCAAGGCAAAAACCAGAAGUUGAUCAGCAGAUUGUUAUCUACACUAAAGGCUGUGUCCCUCAGUUUGAGAAAUGGUUGCAGGACAACCUUACCAUAGUUGCUGGUAUAUUCAUUGGGAUAGCAUUACUGCAGAUAUUUGGGAUAUGCUUAGCCCAGAAUUUGGUUAGUGACAUUGAGGCUGUCAGAGCCAGCUGGUAAAACUGCUGAAGUAACCCCAAGAAGACACUGGACAACUGAAACCCUCUGAAACCUCCAGUGUGUCACUCGGACACCAAGCUGUAUGGACAUGGGUGACAGGGAAGCCUUCUCUCCCAAGUAGUCUCAAGUCUAAGUUCCUGGUAUUGCAGUGAACUUGUGUUUCUUUGGGGUGGGGGAGAGGAGAGUGGGCUCUUGAAAAUCUGCUGCUCACUGACAUUUUAUUUUUCUUUUAAAACCACCAGUUUGAAAGCUGUUGAGCUGUGAAUCUCUACUGUAUUCUUGAUUUUGAGUAACAAGUGGACGCUUUUUAAAAUUGGUGUAGUCAGUGAGACAGAGUUGCAUCGUUGUAGUCUGUGGAUAUGCUGUUUAUUCUUCAUGUCAUGAGGUCUUUGAUAGCUGCCAAAUAUUCCUGAGA